AUGGGACACAGCGAGAUGGAGGUUGUGGCCAAAGCAAUGGAGCCAUGGCCAGCCAAGACCCCUUAUUGCAGCAACAAUGGAGUCAGGCUUUUCUUCCAGCAGACUGAAGAAGAAGAAGAAGCAGCGAUGGGGAAACUUUGUGCGCUGAUUUCCUGUGUGUUGCUGAGUAUCACAGCAGUGACGGCCCAGACAGCUCAGACUGGGACUACCGAGCGCCUGCUGCUUCAGGGGCUCACCGGCCUCAUUGCCGUCCUCGGUUUCCUCUUCCUCAUCUUCAUCGUCUUCCUGGUGCAGAAGGCCUGGUGCGAGGAACCAAUCACGAGGAAGAGUGCCGUGGAGUCGGUGAGACAAGACGACGUGGACGGAAACGCAUACGAGACCAGUCUGGACAUGUUCAGGAGGAAGAGUGGCGUGGAGUCGGUGAGACAAGACGACGUGGACAGAAACGCGUACGAGGUUCUGGACAUGGUCAGGAGCAAAGACGACGAGAACGCUUACGAAAACCUGGCGAUGGACGGCCCUGAAGACAACGUUACCUCCAUGUGA